AUGGAUUUCAGCUUUCCUGGCCAUGGCUACUCAUCGCAUACCUACAGGUCGCCCGACGGCCGCUUCUCAUUUAGCAGCGCUACCUAUCGAGGCAGCUUCCCGCCUCGCCAAGGUGGUGCCUAUUCAAACCCCAUGGUUUCCAUGCUCCAGACAUUGCAAACAAUCCUGACAGACAUCUCCAACCCCCAUGAUCAUCAACCUCCUGAUCAUCAUGUGCAACCUCAUGGACAAUCUAGUUCGACUUCGCCUCGUCAACAUUCAUCAGAGCAGGAGGAUCUCCGUCAUGAUGAGUUCCCGGACGUGUUUCGACACCUUUCCGGGAGGGGAGGCCCAUCACCAGUGGCGCCGAUGGGACAGAUGGAAAGCUUGGCCGAGUAUGUAUCCCGCCUACAUCGCCGGUAUCCCCGCGUCUUAUCGCGUCCUCCUAUUGACCACGACAUCGACAGCCUACUAGAUUCUGUCCGCCGCACCGCUGAAUUCCCAAAUCAUGGGCUAAUACUGAGCGCACUCUUGCGUGAUAUAGCUGAGAUGCAAAAUCACGGUCGAUUCGGCGAUGCCGUGUACUCGCGGGAAGCGCUGGACGAAGUCAUUGCCCAGCUCGGUCAACAAGAUGAGCAGAGAGGAGGACCGCCACCAGCAUCCCCAACGGCCAUUCAAUCGCUGCCUACGAAGAAAAUUGACGUACACAUGAUGGAUUCAGAUGGCAAGGCCGAGUGUGCCAUCUGCAAGGACCAGGCGGAGCUCGGCACCGAAGUUACAGUGCUGCCCUGCGAGCAUUGGUUUCAUUUCGAUUGCAUUGAAGUCUGGCUGAGCCGUCAUGAUACCUGCCCGAAUUGCCGCCAGAGCAUUGGUUCGGCCAGAAGUUUUACAAACAGCACCAGAAGCCCUGGCGAAGGCACCCGUGAUCAUCCGAUUUCUGUCCCGGCCAGCCCUGAACAGCCAUCACCCGAAAGGCGACGCCGGCGUAGCUCGCCAUUCUCGCGCAGCUCACUCAGCUCGCGUAGUGGUCGACGCUCCUUAUCCAGAACCACCACCAAUUCUCCAACUCAGGAGACGGCGCCCAGAUCCAGGCGGUCCAGUCGGAGCGAAGGACUCCGUGGCGGAAUCACUGGCUGGGUAUGGAGCCGUUUCGGUGGUUCAAGCUCGUGA